UGGGAGGAUCCACUGAGAAAUUAUAGUGCCCCAAAAUUUGAAACUUCCUUAUUACCAGGCUAGACCUAUAUAACUACACUAUACUUUCUUUGAUAAUUAUUUUUCUUUUUACUUUAGGUCAUCAUGCACGUGUGUAUAUAUAUAUACACACACACCAUAUGAAGACGUGUGUGUAUGGGCAUACACGAGAGAGGGAGAAGCUGGGAGGAUCCACUGAGAAAUUAUAUAAUCGAACAAGAGAGACAACAGAGUACAUAGCAAAGUGGAGAUGGAAACUCUUUCACUGUUGAUCAUCAGAACAGUUUGUGCCAUGGCCGUUGUGGCUGCGUUGAGCACUCUGUUUCGGCUAUACAACAGUACAUGGAAGAGCUCGGAGAGGCUGCGGAAGAGGCUGAACAUGCAAGGCAUCGGUGGGCCGCCGCCUUCCCUUCUCUAUGGGAACGUCCCGGAGAUGCAGAGGAUACAGACGAGGGCUGCUCUCGACGACAAGGCCUCCGCAUGUUCCCGCCAACGGGGCGGAGGAGAGUUUGUCGCUCAUGACUACACCUCCACCCUCUUCCCCUACUUCGAACAGUGGAGGAAAGAAUACGGUCCGGUGUACACUUACUCGACCGGGGCUAGGCAGCACUUGUACAUAAACCAGCCAGAGCUAGUGAAGGAACUUAACCAGUGCUUCACUCUGCUGGGGAAGCCUUCCUAUCUGACCAAGAGGCUUGCUCCCAUGCUUGGGAAUGGCAUUCUUAGGUCCAAUGGCCCUUCCUGGGCCCAGCAGAGGAAGAUCGUUGCCCCCGAGUUCUUCAUGGACAAAGUUAAGGGGAUGGUGGGCUUAAUGGGAGAGUCAGCACAGCAAUUGCUUAGGAGUUGGGAUGAGAGAAUAGAGGCAGCAGCGGCAGAAGGUGGAAAGGCAGCAGCAGACAUUAGAGUAGAUGAGGAUCUGAGGGAAUUCUCAGCAGAUGUGAUCUCUAGAGCUUGUUUCGGCAGUUCGUACUCCAAAGGCAAAGAGAUCUUCUCCAAGCUUAGGAGCCUCCAGAUGAUCAUCUCCAAGCAGAGUUUUCUCUUUGGCCACAACUUCUUCGGGUUUCUCCCGGCAAAGAAGUCAAGGGAAGUGAACAACUUGGAGAAAGAAAUCGAGUCGCUGAUAUGGAAGGUCAUAGAAGAGCGCGAGCGUGAGUGCUCAGACAAGGAUCUGAUGCAGAUGAUAAUGGAGGGAGCUGUAUAUAGCGAUCAGGGCCUUGACAAGGACCUCUUUAGGCGGCAGUUCAUAGUCGAUAACUGCAAGAACAUCUACUUUGCUGGCCACGAGGCCACGGCUGUGGCCGCAUCCUGGUGCCUGAUGCUGCUUGCGCUCCACCCUGAGUGGCAGCAACGUGUCAGGGAGGAGGUGAGACGGGUCUUUGGGGGAGGCAACAUUCUGGACCCAGAGUCACUAACGCAGUUGAAAACGGUGACAAUGGUGAUUCAGGAAGCCCUCCGCCUGUACCCCCCGGCAGCAUUUGUAUCGAGGGAGGCACUAGAAGACACGAAAGUCGGCAACAUAAUAGUCCCCAAAAAUGUGUGCAUAUGGACUCUGAUCCCGACCCUCCACCGAGAUCCGGACAUAUGGUGGCCCGAUGCAAACAAGUUCAAGCCCGAGAGGUUCGUGGACGGCGUCUCGAAAGCGUGCAAGUAUCCCCAGGCCUAUAUCCCAUUCGGGCUGGGACCUCGACUGUGCCUAGGCCGGAACUUUGCCAUGGUCCAACUGAAGGUAGUCCUGUCCCUCAUUGUAUCCAGAUAUAGUUUCUGCCUGUCUCCGAAAUAUCAACACUGCCCUGCCUAUAGGAUGAUUGUAGAACCUAAGCACGGCGUUCAUCUUCUGAUUCAGAAAAUCCAAGCAGGUCCUGGCAGCCUCGUAACUAACAUACCUUCGGCAACUCUUUAACAGCUUGAAUUGUCGCAUUGAUUGCUGUAAAGUCUGAGUUCGGGUCAUAGCACGCUUCUCAUAUAUCUGGUCACAACUUUGCUAUUUGUCAUGCGUGAUGAUAAGACUAAAUUCAAGGUAAUGAAUUCUAAUUUGAUCGUCUGAAA